UUCCGUUUUCCAUACCUUAGAACAAUUUGAAGUCAAAGGAGGCGGUGCCAGUAACUUCCAAAACUGUCAAACCACGUGAUGUUUAGUCAAGCGGUAUGUAUCGCCGUUUCACAAGUGUGUUUUAUCGUCUGUCCUCCCGUCUUUUUGCAGCCGACACCGAUGCCAAAAAGGAUAUCGUAUUCCUUCUUGAUGGGUCAGAUGGCACAAGGAAUGGCUUCCCCGCAAUGCGUGAUUUUGUUGAAAGAGUGCUGGAGAAACUCAAUGUGGGGGCAAACAGAGACCGUGUUUCUGUGGUCCAGUACAGCAGAGACGCAGAGGUGCAAUUCUAUCUGAACACCUACACCACAAGGGAGGGCAUUGGGGAUGCCGUCAGAGGGCUGAGACACAGAGGAGGCCGACCUGUCAACACAGGGGCCGCCCUCAAAUAUGUCAGAGACAAUGUGUUUACAGACUCCUCUGGGAGUAGGCAGCAGCAAGGUGUUCCUCAAAUCUUGAUCCUGCUGAAUGGUGGUAGAUCUUUUGACAGCGUUGAUGCCCCGGCCUCUGCUCUCAAACAGCGGGGCAUCUUUACAAUCAGCAUUGGAACACAGAGCUCAGACAGCAACGAGCUGCAGAAGAUUUCCUAUGAUCCGAGCUAUUCUCUAUCAGUGGCUGAGCUGACUGACCUCCCCAGUGUCCAAGAUCAGCUCUCCGCUGUAAUGAGCAGGGUGCUGAGGGCAGCGCCCGGGACACCGACAGUGACUGGUAAGCCAGAUCUCCAUCCCAAACUGGGGGGAAGCAUGACAUGUUGGCUGGUAUUUGGUGGGGUUGGGGGUGUGUGUGAGGUAGUAAGAGUGGGUCAACAGCCUGGAGCCGCGUUAGCAGAGAGAUGGUGGCCCUUGAGGUUGAGCUAAUAUGUCCCGUAUUAUGUGUGCCGCAGUGGACAGACAGCCAGGCGGAAGGGAUGUGGUUUUCUUGUUGGAUGGAUCUGACGCCACAAGAAAUGGAUUCCCGGCUAUGAGAGACUUUGUCCAAAGAGUAGUAGAGACGCUGAGCGUGGACGACAAGAAAGACCGUGUCUCGGUGGUUCAGUACAGCAGAGAUGCAGCUGUCCAGUUCUAUCUGAACACAUACACAACAAAGGGCCAGAUCCUUGAAAUUGUCCGAGGUUUGAGACACAGAGGUGGAAGACCCCUCAACACCGGAGCAGCUCUCCAGUACUUGAGGGACAACGUCUUCACAGCCUCUGCCGGCAGCAGGCGGCUUGAAGGAGUUCCACAGGUCCUCAUAUUGCUGAGCGGUGGAAGGUCUUUUGACAGCGUGGAUGCACCAGCUACUGCUCUCAAACAGCUGGGAGUGCUGGUCUUUGCCAUUGGAACCAGGAGCUCCAGUAGCAGAGAACUGCAGAAGAUCGUUCACCAUCCCAGAUAUGCUCUCUCUGUUACUGAACUCGCUGACUUACCCAGUGUGCAGCAAAACCUUCAGUCCUAUAUGACGGCUGUGGUGGCUAGUUCCACUCCAACAAUAAUAGGUAUGAUGGUAGUUGUACAAUCAUUACAUUAGACUUUUUUUUUCGUACAAGAUUAAAUUAUCCUGGGAGAGGUACUUUCAAUUACUUCAUAGCUUCUGGUAUUUGUGUCACUUCUCUUUUGUUGUUUUGAGUGGACACAUCAGAUUUCUUAAAGGGGAACUAUAAUGCUGUUUCCACUUUUAUUUGACCUUCAUUAUCUGGUUCAUAGUUUGGAAGCACUUUAGGCCUUUGACCAAUCACAGCAGAGUGGUCAUGUUCGGACAAACCUUUUUGUAUGCACUGCCUGUAUGUAUUUAUCUAUAAAAAUACUGACAAUCCAACACUUGUCUCGACAAUGCAAGACAAAGGUGAAAGUUUUCAAAUGUGGAACAUAUUUAAGCCACUUUUUGAGGUCAGUUUGAGGUCAUAGUCCCCUAUGAAACCUAUCACCACUGUUUUUACAUUCCACACCUUUUCUAUUUCUCAGUCCUUAUUAUUUUUCAGUUUCUCUUUUUCAUUCAUGUUGAUUUUGUUGCUUGAAAAUGUUUCAUUAUUCACGAGUACCAUCCUGCGCUGUUCAGUUGAAUGGCCAUCACUAGUUCAUCAGUCAUUCUCAAGCUCUGUUGAGAUGUCUUCCAUUGUGAACUUGGGACAUGUUCCAUAUCUGAUCCAUCUACGCUGUCCGUGUACACUUCUUCAUUUGGCUUCGUUUGGCUUCCUUUGCCAAGAUCUAUUCCUUUUUAAGCCUUGCUCAUGUUUGAUGCCAUGUGCUUACUGAUCUUCUUAGCCAGUAGGCGUGCCUCAUGUCUGGGCCUGGUGCAACUCUUUAUAUGUUAUUUGCAAUGGGUACGGGAUCUUGUUCUGGGAGAUUACUGUGGGAUCAUUUUCAGUCUACUGAACACAGACCAGUGGUGUUAUGCUUUGUGCCUUCUCCAAUGUUUUUCCAGUGACUUUGGCUUCGACUCAAAAUUCUCAGUUGGGAUGCUCAAAGGACAGGGGACUUUCGUUAUCAGUGUAGCCUGCUAACAUUUGGUCAGACAGAAAACAGGUUCUCUAAAAUGACUCUUGGCUCUUGGCGUAUUUAUUUCACAGCCUUUACUUUGAAAACUGAACAGAACACAGACAGAACAGGCAUGUUAAUUAUGAU